AUGGAGAUUCAGAAGACUGAGGUACUGGAGAAUCCAGAAGUCGAGGCUAUAAUCGAAUUAACUAAGCAAAAUCAAUCCGAGGAAGUUGAACACUGCGACGAGCUGCAAGUAGCCGAAGAAGGCGAGAAGCCCCGAGAUGAAGACGAAGACGAAUUGAGAAAUUUGCUGCUUUCAGAUAUAGGAGAUCUUCCGAUUUCUCCUCCUUCAGCUACACAAGUCAAUUUCGUCUCUUACUUCAUCACAGAUUUUACGAAAUCGGGACAUGAUCAAUAUAUCUACCGUCACCCCAACGGUCUGUGUGUAAUUGGAUUGGCUCCUACGCAUAUAGCUUUCAAGGACGAAGGUGGGAUCACUAACAUCGAUUUCAAUGUCGGCAAGUCUGAUCGUAGCGUCUUGAAAGUCUCCGGCAAGCGUAAAAAGAAUGCUAUGCGCUCUGAAUCGAAUACAGCAUUGUGCAAAGUUUCCACUGCAAAUGAUUCUUAUAUUGUGAGGUGUUGCGUUAAAGGCUCUCUCUUGGAGGUGAACGAGAGAUUAAUCAAGCAACCACACCUUCUUAAUUCAUCGGCCGAUCGCGAAGGAUAUAUUGCGAUAAUCAUGCCAAGACCUGCAGAUUGGACCAAAAACAAGGAAUCACUAAUGACAUUGGAGGAAUAUAAAGAAAAGAAAGGAGUGUCUCUAUGA